AUGAAUCCUAGUGAUAUGGUAACAGACGACGGUCGGGGAAGUCCAGUUCCAAGGAAUGUUCAGUUCAACAUACCUCCGAAUACUCCCGCAGCGAGUGUUUCUCAGAAAUCUCAACAGAGCGGAACUCCCCCACCACCACCGAAGGAUAUUAUUGGUGGUGUCACUUUUUCAGCCAAGCCAAAGCUUCAGAUCAAUCUAAUCAAGUCAACUGUGAUCUGUCCAAAGGAGGAACGAGAACUGUUGAGAACGGCAAAUCAGAAAGCGUAUCAUCAGAUGGAAAAAGACGCUAGCGGAACAUCAGCGGAUAGUCGCAACCAGCAAAUCGAGGACAUACCUUAUGCCAAGACAACAAGUGAAGUCCACGAUGUUAUAAAAGUUGAGAACCACAUCACGGAGCAUCUCACGAAGUUUGGGAUUGAUUGGUUCUUUGCCAACACAGUAUUUCCCAUCAAGAACAGGAACGGGGAAUUUGAACAAAGCAAGCUUGAGAAUCGAGCGGCAAAUCUUUUGUCAGGUUAUGCAACUCUUACCUUGGAAGAAGUCUUCGACUCAGUCGUAUAUCUCUAUGGAUACGGUUAUGACGAAAGUAAAGAUGAGAAUUCCUGGAUGCCAACAGAUCUUCAAUGGUCUGGGACAUAUCUCAAGAAUCAAUGCACGAGCGAUAUGAUUGAUCGCAUCGAAGAAGACUUGAAGAGCGCAAGGAUCUCGAAAGACUUCUGGGGGUGGGGACCACUCAUCUACAAGGUUCUUAUGGAUCGCAUCUCUGCUAGCAGCUAUCACGCACUCAAGGCACUUCGGAACUCUCUCGAAGAAGGUGAUGGCAUCAAUUUGUACUCCAAGGUAUAUGAUGGCAAUAUCCGUAAGUUCUGCACGGAAAUUGAGUCUACCAUCCUUAUGUUGCGAAAGAAUGAGAAGCACAAUGCCAAAGGGGAAAUUGUUGGCGAGCGCGAAGCAGCAUACGGCACGCCUGAAACAAUUUUAAUCCAAGCCCGGAAACCAGGAUCCAAGUGUUUCGGAUGUGGACGCGAUAGCUGUCGCCAGAGCAAUGCCACUUGUCCUCGUCACAAUCUGGAAGCAAAUUCCGAAGGGAAGAAGGCCAAAGCUGCUUUCGAUGCAGCCAAGGCAGCGAAGAAAGCCUCGAAAGAAUCUGGGAAGAAGGGCGAUCAAGUUUCCAAGGGCUCAGAGAAGGGAGACAAGACCAACAAGACCGGAAAGAGCAAAUGGCCUCCAGCUCCAAAGGGAGAUGAUCCCAAGGAACAAGAAAUCAAUGGAACUUUGCAUUUCUAUCACUUCAAAGACAAAAAGUGGUACAAGUGCAAGAAGCAGAAAACAACUGGCGAAGACGAACCGUCGCCAAAUGGACCGAGUGCGCACCUUGCGCAAGAGGAAGGGAAAGGUGUACUCGCGGGAAUGAGUGGAUACUUCUCUCAAGAGUUCUCCAAGGUCAAUGUCACGGAUGCUGCUACUGAGGACGUCAAAUUGCAGGAGCGUCUUCUCAAGAAUGCCGUCGACAAAGCGAUUCGUAACUUCAGCAGGAACCUGGGCCAAGCAUGA